AGCUCAGUGCUCAGUUUUGCGAAGCCGCUGACAGCAGGUGGUGGCCCGCUCGAGCAACUCGUAGGCGAACCGCACCCCCGCUGCAUUGGCGCUUCUGCGUUCGCCUCUUCCCAUCGAACGUUGCAGUUUCCAAAAGACUUUGUACUUAUCCUUCUCUUUUUGCUAUUGUUUGUGGUGCCGCUUCACUGUGUUGUACAUGCAUAGACUGCCGUGACGCGCCGAAACCCACCGGAGAAAGCUCUCUGUCUUUUCCUGUCUUUGCACCGCCAUUAUUUUUGUUUCUCUCCCUUAUUUCAUGUAUUGCGCUUCCAUAGACUUUAGAAUCAUUUGUAUCGCUUCAUCAUUUCUGCAAAAGAAGGAAAAAGAAAAGCAACUAGCGCGAUGAACACCUCUGCUGACGUCGGCCACACCUCCCUAGCAGAUGUGGACUCGAUCGACACGCCACCACGCGUAACGCCAGCGUCGUCGCCGCUACCAAGAGCGACGACAGUGACUUCAAGAAAGGAAAGCUCUAAGAAGCCGCACCGCGCUGGCGACGACAUGGAGGAUAUAUUUGACUCCCAAGCGUCAUCCACUGCCGCCUCGACAGGGCGUCAGGCACCUGCAAAAGAAGUCUCGCGUGGUGGCCACGCUGCGCCGCAUGGCACAACGGCGAGGGAGGGCAGCGGCGACAGCGCCACAACCGUCACGGCCUCCGCCACCGGCAGCACAGUAGCACGCACCCGCGUCCCUUCAAAAGAAAACUUGUACGGCCAUCGCAGCCACAGCAAGAAAAGUCCAACGCAGCGAACUAGGUCACCGAACGUGCAGCGCGGCGCGCCGCAGUGGGGCAAGGUGAGCAGCCCCGCAACGCUGCCGUAUUCAACGCACCCAUCCACGCCGGCGCUGGCCCAACAGUACGGCGCACACAUGACGGCAGAUCAACCCCCAAAUGAGAUAAACACACCGACUCCGCACGUCAAGGGCCGCACAGCGGAGCACAUCCUAAAAACUGAACGCGAUCCAGCGGUGAGCACGGACGCGCUGCUGCGGCGCAUGAAGGACAAAGAAAAGGAAUUUGACGAAAAGAUCCACACGAUCCACAACACGUUUCAAAAUGCAGGUGAGCAGCUCGUGGUGCGGGACGGUAUUAUCGCCCAGCUGCAGGACGACCUCGCCCAGCUGCGCUCGGAAGCUAGUCACGUUCGCAAAGACUAUCAAACCCGUGAGGAGACGCUGCUGUUGCGGGUGGAGGACAUGAUGCGAGAGCUGCAAGAGGAGCAGACGCGCACAAAGCAGCAUCGUCGAGCGGCGGAUGAAGAGGCGAGGCAGCUGCGAGCAGCGCUGAACACCGCUGACAAGCAGUUGGCCCAGCAGCAGCGCGUGUCGGAUGACCUUCUUCGUCAACUCCGCACCAGCGAUAAGGCGUUACAGGAAGAGAAAGCAAAGCACGCGGCGGCACUGCAGGACAGCCGGCAGAUCUACGAAGAUAAGCUAACGGAGCUUCAGCGGGUGCACAGUGCGGUGGGGAAGGAGCUUGUCAAGGCACAGACGCGCAGCGAGGAGGCAGAAAAGGACCGUGCGGAGUGUCAGGCGAAGCUGCUCGAGCACGAGUUGGACAGUCGACGUCAGCGGUCUGGUGAUUCGCGGAAAACGAAGACGCUCGUCACCGAGAACGACGCCUUGCGAGAGGAGGUGGAGGCGGUUCAGCUCAGCAUGGCGCGACUCCUGCUGCUCAUGUCUGAAGUUCCCGCCCUCGCCGAUUAUCUUCAGUGGAACGAGCUGAGCAGCAAGUUCGUCUUCUUAGGCUACCCGACCCAGUACUUCGCGGAUGGAAAUGCGGGGAACGGGUUUCGCACGAUGAGUACGUCUGGCCGUGGCAAGUCAACGCGCAGCCAGCGUAACGACAGCCGUCAAACCUCACCAGCCCGAAGACGUGCGGGUGGCAUCUCCUCUCGCUCUGCGGAAUAUCGUAGCGGCCUCGACUACAGCGGGGUGCAUCUCAGCCCUUCUUCCUCCUCUGCUGCCGCUUCUCCCUACUAUCAAGAUGUGAACUUUUCCGGCAGCUCGUUUAUUGGGACCGGGGUUGAGGACGGCGUGUACGCGGGCGUCGCCUCGUCGCUCUCCAAGAAUGUGUGGCUCAGCGGCCGCUGGGCUCAGCAAAUGAUGGACAUUAUCGCGGCAGAAAACAUAUUUACCCGACUGAAGCGAAUUAAGCUGCUGGAGCUGGAGGAGGCGGCGCAGUUGAGUGUGCAGCUGCCUUCUGCGCGUGACGUCCUCGAAGGCCGGCGGCCAGAAAAAGACUACUGGAUACCGUACGACGUCUUCAUCGAGGCUCAGAAGUUCAAGAACAAGUACUACCCGAAGCUGCCCGCCAUGUCCCACUUUUACCCGUUUCUGAUUCAGCUGAACAGGAUUUGGCGCGCCAAGCUGCAGGAUCGCCUGCGUGUGCGACAAGACGACAGAAGGCGACCCGUGUCGCGUCAGCGAUCGGCGGUGGCCGACUCGCGCAGCCCCCAUCGCCGCCGCGCGGGGGACACGACCAACGAGGGCGAGGUGAGCAUCCGGACGACGAGUCGGAGUGUAACCGCCUCCCACCUCGAUGCUCAUCGGCCCGAAGAGCUGCUCAGCGAACUCGUUCACUGCGAAGCCUGUCUCAAUGAGAUUCAAGAGGAGCACCAUCGCCUGCGUCGCGAUGUGCGCCUUCAUGUCAGCAGUCAGAAAACACGACAGCUGUUCCAUCAGUACGAUGAGCUGAUCUGCAGAGCACACCGUAGUUUUGGACAUAUGCUCCGACUCGCCGAUGAGCUGUACAGUGACAGCAGCAGCGCCGCCAACAGACAGGCGGUAACAGGCGAGGGCGACCGCGCGCAAGCGAGAGCAGCGGAGUCGCUGCGCGAUGCACAACGGCAGGCGCAAAUGGCGGCUGACAUUGCCGACGCGGAAGAUGCGCGGGAUCACCUGCUCUGCGUAGUCGAGCGCACCUGCGAGCGUGUCUGUGACGUGGGCGACUCUUUGAGUACGCGGAUGGUGUCCUACUACAGCGAUUUGCACCAGCUCAUUCAUAUUCUUCACGAUCACCUUCGUCAACUUCGCGCGCGAGGCGACACAAAUGGCGAAGAUAAUAGCAGCAGCACCAGCACCGUCAGCAGCAACAACAACGGCGAUACGCAAGGUGCUGGUGGCGGUGCCACGAAACAGGCAAGAAGACGAAAGGAAAGAAACGUGGAGCUGUCGCACGAACUCCGCCGUGCGCUUCUUGAGCAGUACGGCACCACCGAAGCGUUGCGUAACGACGGCGCAUCUGCGACCUUAUCACCUGCAUCGGGCGCUAUUGGCGUCGACUCCUUGCUGAAGUUGGCUGCCAGUGUGCUUGACUUUGGGAAUGAAGUGCGCAAAGAGGUCGCCGAUGCGAGUGCCGCCCUGCGCAACAUCGCUGAACAGGCCAUGCAUGAGGCGGAUCCGCUCCAGGAAGAUGCCUGA